AUGACACGUGACUAUAUUAGAGUUAAAGAUUGGAUGUAUGUGAAUCGUGAAAAACGCACAAAGCCUGAAUUCAUUGAAGGAGUUGCUUCUUUCAUAAAAUUUGCGCAUGAACACGAUAGGAUCCAAUAUGGGAUGAUUCUUUGUCCGUGCAGUCAUUGUGGGAAUAGGCUGCAUCGUAAGGAGGAAGAUGUAGAACUUCACAUUGUUAAGCAUGGUUUUAUUAAGGAUUAUACAAUUUGGGUAUAUCACGGAGAAAUCGUAGCUCCUAAUAUUGCCGAUAAUGAAGAAGAAGACAAUGAAGAAAAUUUAUUUCCAGAAGAGGAGAUGGAGGAAAUGAUAGAAGUUGCUUUUGGUGACUCCAAUCUUGCUGAAGACUAUCAUCCUUCCGGUCAAGAACAUGUAGAUGAGUAUGAGAAGUACAUGAAAGAUGCCAAAAGACCAAUUUAUGAGAAUGCAAAAUAUUCCACACUAUCAUGGUUCGUUCAACUUUUCCAGAUUAAAUGCCUAAAUAAAUGGAGCAACAAGUCAUUUACGAUGCUUCUAAAAUUCCUGAAAGAUUCUAUGCCUCUGGGGAACAAUGUGCCUCAGAGCUGGUAUGAAGCUAAAAGGAUAAUGUCAGAUCUGGAAAAUUCUAAACUGAAAGAGUGCCCCAACUGUGGAGUUUCUAGAUAUAAGAAGAAAGCACAUGCUAACAAGAAUGACAUACCAGUCAAGGUGGUACGAUACUUUCCUGUGACACAGAGGCUGCAGAGGCUCUACAGGUGUAAGAAGACAGCGGUGGCAAUGACUUGGCAUGACCGUGCUAUUCCAAGUGAACAUGGUAAAAUGAGUCAUCCAAGAGAUUCGCCAGCAUGGAAGGAUUUCGACAAGUUGCAUACAACAUUUAGUCGGGAUCCCCGUAAUAUUAGGCUCGGACUAGCUAGCGAUGGUUUUUGCCCCUUUAGUUUUAAUGGCAAUCCGCACAGUACAUGGCCUGUUAUAAUGAUGAUAUAUAAUCUUUCACCGUGGUUAGCGAUGGAUCAAUCAUACUUUCUGAUGCCUCUUCUUAUUGAUGGGCCGAGUUCACCGGGAAACAAUAUCGACGUCUACCUUCGACCUCUCAUCGAUGAGUUACGAUCUUUAUUCGUUAAUGGUGUAAAGACAUAUGAUGCAGACAAAGGGGAAACAUUCACGAUGCGUGCAGCCUUAAUGUGGACAAUUAACGACUUUCCUGCAUAUGGAAUGCUAUCAGGUUAUUCCGUACACGGUUAUAAAGCAUGUCCUUACUGUCAUGCCGAUACAUCAUCGACAUGGUUGCCCUUUAGCAAAAAAAUAUGUUAUUGCGGUCAUCGACGUAUGUUGGAAGAAGAUCAUCCUUAUAGGGAUGAUACUGUUCACUUUGAUGGUACUACAGAGCAUAGAAAGGCUCCAACCCCCUUAUCCGGAAAGGACAUACUUGCUCAGUGGAAUGUUUACGAAAAUAUAACUUUCGGAAAAGUAAAGGAAAGACAUGAAAGACCACAAUGA